ACGCCGCCCGCUCAGCUGUCCCCCUCCUUCUCUCAUCAUCUAUCAACAUCUCCAGCUUCUUCCUUUCGACCAUUCCAAUACCAUCCCAAUUCUUAGCUACGAUCUCUUGUCGCUUGAUCGCAUCGACUUCUCUUCCACGUAUUCCAUCCAUCCAGAACCCCCUAAUUCUUUUCCAAAUGGCUCCCAAGAAAGCUACGGCCGCCGCGCCCAAGAAGUCGAGCGCUGCCGCUUCGUCGCAUGCCUCCUACCAAGAUAUGAUUAAGGAUGCGAUCCUGAAUCUUAAGGAACGGAAUGGUAGCAGUCGCCAGGCCAUCAAGAAGUAUAUCCAGGCCAACAAUGACCUCGGUGGAACCACCGACGCGGCUUUCAACAGCCACAUCAACCGUGCUCUGACCGCUGGGAACGAGAAGGUUUUCACCCGACCGAAGGGCCCUUCCGGACCUGUGAAGCUUGCGAAGCCAACCACCAAGGCCCCAGCAAAGAAGGAGUCCGCCGCCGCCACGAAGACUGCCAAGAAGCCUGCUGCGAAGCCCGCCGCCGAGAAGAAGGCGGCUACCACGAAGGCCACCACCAAGAAGCCUGCUGCGAAGAAGGCCGCUGCUCCUAAGAAGACUACCACCAAGAAGGCUAAGGCUACCCCAGCAUCGGCCCCUGCGGUUGAGGAAAAGCCAGUCGUCCUCGGCAAAACUAAGUCCGGACGUGUCACCAAGUCUAAAGCCCCUGCUGCCACCGUAACGAAGAAGGCGAAGACGACAACCAAGAAAGCCCCAGCGAAGAAGGCCACUCCCAAGAAGAAAGAAGAGAAUGCAUAGGCGUUUCUUCUUCUCGAUGUUUCUCUCUCCAUAUUUCUGUCGGCGCCUAUGAUUCUGCCGAGAGCGC